AUGGCCGCUUCCUUCGCUCGCCUGGCGGGCAAUGCGCCCAAAAGACUCUGUCUCCGCCCCUCCACCUUCCUUAACACAUCUGUGCCUCGCUCCCGUUCCAUAACUACUACUGUCCCUCGCCGAUAUGCCGAGGCCACCAGCUACCAGGCCACACGAUUGAUUCCGACCGACCCGACCUUCACUUCCCUGGCCAACAAGGGGCCUACCGAGAGUCCCGAUGCCGCUGGUCUCGAGUCCGAGGCAGAGGGUACAGGCCGCAAGAUUCGUCACUACACAGUCAACUUCGGUCCUCAGCAUCCUGCUGCCCACGGUGUGUUACGAUUGAUUCUGGAGCUCAAUGGCGAGGAAAUUGUCCGCGCCGAUCCCCACGUCGGUCUGCUGCACCGUGGUACCGAGAAGUUGAUUGAGUACAAGACUUACAUGCAGGCUCUGCCUUACUUCGACCGAUUGGACUACGUCUCCAUGAUGACCAACGAGCAGUGCUUUGCUCUUGCUGUUGAGAAGCUGUUGAACAUCGAGAUUCCGGACCGUGCUAAGUGGAUUCGUACCCUGUUCGGCGAAAUGACUCGUGUCUUGAACCACCUUAUGUCUGUUCUUUCCCACGCCAUGGAUGUUGGUGCUCUUACACCUUUCCUGUGGGGAUUCGAGGAGCGUGAGAAGCUUAUGGAAUUCUACGAGCGUGUUUCCGGUGCCCGUCUCCACGCCGCCUAUGUUCGCCCUGGUGGUGUGUCUCAGGAUCUUCCUCUUGGUCUCCUGGAUGACAUCUACCAGUGGGCUACUCAGUUCGAGGAGCUUUUGACCGACAACCGUAUCUGGAAGGCCCGUACCCAGGGUGUCGGUGUUGUUAACGCUGCUGAUGCCUUGAACAUGAGUUUCACUGGUGUUAUGCUCCGUGGUUCCGGUGUCCCCUGGGAUAUCCGUAAGUCGCAGCCAUAUGAUGCCUACGACCAGGUCGAGUUUGACGUUCCCGUUGGUGUCAACGGUGACUGCUACGACCGUUACCUCUGCCGUAUGGAGGAGUUCCGUCAGUCCCUUCGCAUCAUCCAGCAAUGUCUGAACAAGAUGCCUGCCGGUCCCGUCCGUGUCGAGGACUACAAGAUCUCACCUCCUCCCCGUGCUGCCAUGAAGGAGAACAUGGAAGCUCUCAUUCACCACUUCCUUCUCUUCACCAAGGGUUACUCCGUGCCCCCUGGUGAGACAUACUCUGCCAUUGAGGCUCCUAAGGGUGAGAUGGGUGUGUACCUUGUCAGUGACGGCAGUGAGCGCCCAUACCGCUGCAAGAUUCGUGCCCCUGGUUUCGCCCACUUGGGUGGUUUCGAUCAGGUCUCUCGUGGUCACUUGCUGGCUGAUGCCGUCGCCAUUAUUGGUACCAUGGAUUUGGUGUUCGGUGAGGUUGACCGGUAA